UAUAAAUCCAUCGAUUUGAAUGAAUCUGGAAAAGCAAAAAAUGCAAGGCGAAGGGAGACGCAUGCUUGGGGAGACGAAAGUGAGCGAUCUGAUCACGAACAAGAAAAGGCUGGUGGAGGUGCCCUACACCGCUUCCCUAGCCGACACAAUCAACGCCCUCAUGGCCAACCGGAUCCUGGCCGCCCCGGUAGCCGCCCCGCCGGGUCACUGGAUCGGGGCGGGCGGGUCCAUGAUCAUGGAGUCCGAUAAGCAGACCGGGGUGGCUAGGAAGCAUUAUAUCGGGAUGGUCACCAUGCUCGAUGUGCUCGCUCACAUCGCCGGAAACGGCCCCGAGGAUCUCCACCGUCGGAUGCAAGUUCCCGUUUCCUCGAUUAUCGGCCAUUGCAUCGAGAGCCUCACAUUGUGGACGAUCAAUACUAAUACUCACAUAACAGACUGCAUGGAAGUGUUCUGUAAAGGGAUACAUCGAGCUUUAGUUCCUGUUGACAGCCAAAUGGAAAACAUAGCUGGUGUGGAGCUCAUGGAAUCUGCAUCUAGCUAUCAUAUGCUUACCCAGAUGGAUCUCCUCAGAUUCUUGAAGAACCACGAACACGAUCUCCAACCUCUCCUUCAACGCCCCAUCGCCCAACUUGGAGCCAUCGUUGAUGCUGUUGUUGGUGUCUCCAAGAAAACCAAAGUGAUGGAUGCUAUAAUUUCCAUGAACAAAGCUGCUCUUAACGCUGUACCCAUUCUUGAAUCUACUGGCGCCGUUAAUGUGGAUCACACAAAGCUUAUAGAUGGUAAAGGCAGGAAGCCUGUGGGAACAUUUUCGGCCACGGAUCUGCGAGGAUGCCCGAUAUCAGUGCUGCAAUCGUGCUUGCAUGUGAGCGUGAUGGAGUUCAUCAACAAACUAUCAGAGAUCCCACAGCACGAGUCCUCUGGCCUGAGGAACUCCACAGACGAGCUCAUAACCUGCCGGCCCGAGUCCAAGCUCGGGGAGGUGGUGGACAAGGUUGUGAGCAACCACGUGCAUCGAGCUUGGGUUGUCGAUGAAUCAGGUAUGCUCACUGGAGUCGUCUCCCUCACCGAUAUCAUCAAAGUGAUUCGAGUUUGGUUGCUAUCGGACCGCACUUGAUGAGAUUUUGAUACACACAGUGUCUUUUGGGUAAUGUUGUUUUUUGUAGAGUUGUCAAGUUUCCACUUUUAUGUUUGGUUUGUUAAACGUACAUAUCCUGCUUAUUUUAAUUGGCUGUUUUUGUUUUGUA